GUGUCUUUAAUAAUCAAAAGUACUUUUAGAAAAAUGUCAAAGAUUACCUUUUACGGAAAUAUCAUCUCACAGCCAUCCAGAACUGUCGCUUGGACCUUGAAGACUCUAGGAGUUGAACAUGAGUACAAGCAUACCGAAUUCGUUAAGGAUACUAGAUCUGAAGAAUACACUUCUAAGGUCAAUAUCUUUGGUCAGCUUCCAGCUAUUAUGGUUGAUGAUACUCCAAUUGCUCAGAGUAAUACUAUCAUUAGAUAUCUUGCUAAUGAGCACGAUAAGGAUGGAAAUAUCUUGCCAACAGGUGAUCACCUUGAGAGGGCUAAAGCAGAAGAGAUUUUGGAUAUUGCUGCAACUAAUGUUAGACAAAGUAUGAUGUCUGCUGUAGGACCAAUCGUUGUUGCUCCAUUGUUGUUCGGAACUGAGAAGCCAAGCGAAGAAGAGCAGAAGAAGCUGAUCGAAGAUGUAAAGAAGACCUUUGAGAAGUUGAACACCAAGAUUGGAGAUAACACCUACUUUACCGGAGAUAAACUUACUGUUGGAGAUGUCCAAAUCUACAAUGAGAUCCAAACAGCAGCUACUUUCCUCGAACUUGACUUUGCUGACUACCCUCAACUUGACGCAUGGUACGAAACAGUUGGAGCUAACGAAGUCCUCACAGAUCUCAGCAAACAAAUGUUAGAAGCUUCUGCUGCUAUGAAAGAAUCCAAGUAAAACUUAAUUCCUAGUACCAUCUCUUGCCCAAGUAUCUUUCCAAAGAUUUCUUUUGUAUCCAAUUUUUACAAAAUCCUCUUAAAAGAGGUCGUAACAAUUUUCUUAUAAUUUCUAUUG